GACCUUAGGCUUAGGAGAUUUAUAAAGUUAUGUCUGUGAAGGUCAUGUUAUUCCGCUCGUUUGCCAGUCAUGUUAAAAUUGCUAGGAACCAUAUUCUCCCUACUUACUACUUCCAGAAAAGCCUUCCGACACUGAAUGUUCCACAGCUUGCGUCUUCGCUGGACAGAUAUAUGAAAUCACAGCAAGCACUUCUCAGUGAUUCAGAACUACAGUACACGUCAAAAGUUGUCACUGAAUUUUUGCAUGGAGAAGGUCGCAGAUUACAGAUAUCUUUGGAGGACUUUGCUAAAUCUAAUCCCCAUACUAGUUAUAUUGCUAAUAUGUGGUCUCAAAUGUAUUUGCGUGAUCGUCAACCAGUUGUUUUAACCAACAAUUCUGUAAUGGUGUUUAAUAAUACAGAACUGGGUAGAGGGUAUGAUCAUCCGGCAAUCAGAUCAACUAAUCUGGUGUACAGUACUAUUCAUUUUUAUAAAUUACUUUAUACAAGUGAAUUGUCUCCACCAAUGUAUUGCCCAAAAGCAGACUGGUCUAAAUCUGCAUUUUUUCGAAGAGUGAUGAGAUUUGCACCACAAGCUUUUGCUUCAAAUGUUGCUCAUCUGUUCAACGUUUAUCCUCUAGAUACAAGUCAGUUCAAUAAUAUGUUCUGUUCCGCUCGUCUGCCUGGUGCUGAUUGUGACAAACUGGUUAGCUUCAACCAUUCACACCACUUACUUGUCAUUCAUAAAGGACAUUACUAUUACUUUGAUGUAUUGGACGAAUUUGGAGAACUUAUUUCCCCAAGUCAACUGUUCAGUAAUCUACAGUUUAUUUUAAAGCAACUCAAGUUAACUAGUCCACCACCUCCACCAAUUGGUGUCAUUACAACGAUGCAACGUGACAAAGCUUUUACAACUCGUCAACGUUUAGUUGAUUUAGGCAAUAAAGCUUCAUUGAAUUUGAUUGAUUCUGCGUUGUUUAUCUUGGCGUUGGACGAUGAAACAUCUACCAAUCAUGUUAAUACGCUACCGAACUUUCUCUCCGGUUCAUCACAGUCUCGUUGGUUCGAUAAAAGUUUCACUUUGAUUAUCAAUCAAUCUGGUUACGCAGCUAUUAAUUUUGAGCAUAGCUGGGGUGAUGAUGCCUUUGUUUCACGUCUAUUCGCUGAUGUAUAUAUGAAUUCUGAAAAGUAUCCAGCUGUAAGCCCAACAUUGCUUGAAAAUACUGAUAGUCUUCCACAACCAGAUGUUAGACGCAUUGAAUGGAUAUUGGACGAUGAUUUCCUUCUGAAUAUUAUUCAACCUAGUCAACUGGCUUAUGAUGAAUGGAGGAAUAAUUUAACUUUCAGUUGUAUAGAAAAGAGAGAUUCACUUAAUCGACGCUUAUGUAAAUCCGCUGGUUUAGAACCUGACAGUAUAAUGCAGUUGUCAUUUCAGCUAGCUUACGAUACUGUACAUGGUGAACGUGUUGCCGCAUGUGAACCAUGUAAUACUUCAACAUUUAAACAUGGACGUACUGAAACUAUCCGUUCAGCUACUGUAGAAACAAGAAAAUUUAUUGAUCUAAUGCGUAUUCAUAAAAAGUCUUCGAUUUCCGUGACAAGCACGCCUAUUUCAUUAAAUGACAUCACUUUGUCUGAUCUGUUCACUUCUCUUCGAGCCUGUUCGAGUAAGCAUUCUCAGCUAGUUAAAGAAGCAGCUAUGGGUCAAGGCUGGGAUAGGCACUUAUUUGCCUUGCAUCAGUUGGCAUUGGGUGAUUCACAAUGUUCAUUACCUAAUUUAUUCCUUGAUCCUAAUUAUGAAAAGAUUAAUCAGUGUUUGUUAUGCACAGCUGCACUGUCUACGCCUGGUCUUGCACUGAGUGCAUUCGCAGCUGUCUGCCUUGAUGGUUAUGGUAUCACAUAUGCUAUAGAGGAAGAUUGUUGUGGAAUACAAGUAACUUCUUGGUCUAAUUCAUCGAAAGCUAGCGCUGUUCAAUUGAAAGAUGCAUUUUCUGAAAGUAUCAAUCAUCUUACCAAAUUGAUAGAAGCAUGUUCAGUUAGUGGAUGAAGUGCAUGUGCACAACCAUACAAGAUCCAUUUUAAUUAAUCAAGAGAUAGUUUCUCUGUAUAUAAAAAAGCUCCAUUUAUUUCCAUUAGUUUUAUGCAAGAUUUUCUGAACAAUUAUCCAUAUGUCAUUUAUACUUUAGAUCUUGUACUUUCAAUACGCAAAUGUUAUUAGUUUUAAGCAGUGGAAUUGUGUUCACUCAACUUGUUCAGUUCGAACAAGUUACCUUCCACUUCAGAAUCAAUACUUGAUCGUUCCUGCUUUCAUUCGUUCGAAAUAUGCCCAGGCCAAAAAACGGUCGAAACAGGGUUGGGGCAAAUAUGGGGUUGAGUGAGUGCUACUAAUGAAAUAUUUAGCAUUGGUUAUAAUUUUCACCGGCGUAAGGUCAAUAAGUUUGGUAGGGAUCACUUUUUAACGGAUGAGAUAAUUCAGGAGGAAAUAUGAAUAAAUUGCUGAAGUACACGCCGUGGUCAUUCAACAGAAAUCUUACAGAUUACUCUCAACUCACGAAGGAGGUAGAAAUGAUGCUCUGUGAUGAAAGACUUAUCUAUGAGCUAAGAUCGAUGCACUAGAUACAAAGUGCAUUGAGAUCGUGGUUAACAUCUCAUGUUAUUGGGAAUUCUCUUCUCCAAAGGAAAGUUUCACCUAAACUAUGAGCUAUAUUGUUCCAGAGAUUCGGAAAACUAUUCUUUAUAUUGCUAAUGACAACAAUCAGUGGUUAGGAGAUUACUCUAGAGAUCUCCCUGCCUUCUUGAAUGACCUCUUGACUGAUAAAAAUGCCGUGAUAUUUUUAACUGCACAGGCGUAAUGAGUAUCUUAUUUUGUUUAUCUGAUAACUUUGGUAAAACUAUUGGGUGGAUGUGGCUUGUUCCCAUGUAACUCAUCCACAGGCAACAACACAGUUGCCACAUCAAAUUAUGUCACGACAUAAUCCGUUGACUUCCUCAUCCCAUUCAUAUAAGUUAAUGUCUUUAUUACGAAUGAUAAGUUUUCAUACCGAUAUGGUUCAGAAAACUUCAGUUUACUGAUGAACAAUUUUCUGUUCCCCCAUUGUGUAUGCUUAGUCAUCUCACUACGUUAGUAUUUAUCUGUGUAACGUCAUAACUGUCAUCCGUAAGAGUAUACGUCGUCUUAGUGGAUAAUGGUUGUUGAACUCUUAUCAGGACUAAUUAUUGGUACAUAUUAUCUAUUCCUUUUCUUCUUACUUGGCCGAGGCAGUUUUACUUUCAAAAAUCUUUAUUAACCGUUAUCAUUUUCUUGUGUCAUUUGCCCUACUGACCUGCUCCGACUUGCCUUUCCUCCUGGUACGACCCUUCUUCAAGCAACCACAGCAUAGUCCCAUUCUCCUCGUAAAUCUUAGUCUUUUCGAGCCAGACAUUCCGAGAUAUCCUGCAUAGUUAUAAACUUGAUGCAAAACAUCACAUAUCAAACGCUUACUUGUUUUAACAACGCUGCGUUAUGCAUCUGCCUUGAUGGUUUGGUCCAUGUUCUGCUCUUAAUCUUGCACCAUGUUUCCUGUUAGGUCCUGUGAUUGGGGAAUUGAGGGAAACAUUUAACCGAUGGUCCUAACAAUCAUUAUUCCCCGAGUUUCUAUGUUCGAACUGAUCCUAUGGCCACUAAUUUCAUACAAGCCUACUCCGAAAGAAGAUGAAGUUAGAUGGUUAGCCUGCACAAUGCACGAUUAUUUGGAUAUAAACGGGAGGCGUCCAAGGCCUUAUGGCAUAGACGGUCUAAACAGAAUAUUAAAGAAUGGGAACAAAGACAAGCACAUGAAGGUCAUUCAUGAUUGAUUAGUUAUGACUCUCAUUAUCUCUGGCUAGGAAUCCAACACGCUGUUAGAAGAUUCUAUUACAAUUAUCCUUCUUCUGUCUAUCACCUUCCCGAUUUCUGCCAAUGGAUAUAAAAUUUCGGCAAACCUUGAUACUUGACUUAAUUUCUCUCAUUGGGUUUAAAUAUAAGAAAAACUAGGUUCUACCUCGUUUUUUUUUUAUAUACCCAGUCAACUUAACUCACUUUCUUUAUAGGCUGGUCAGCAAAUGUCUUUCAAUUGCUUCAAUAACUGAUAUAACAUUUAAUUUAUCUGUGUUGUUCAAAGAUGUUAAGAUGUUCUCAUCAUUUAGGCGAUUAUUCAAUGAGACAGUAAGGUGCUAUGAGGAAAUAAUCAGGCGAUCGUACGUUCACUGCCUUAAAACUGACAAAAUUAGUCAACAGUUCACCGGAUCAAUGCACAUAUUCACUGUUACUUAAUAAAUAGUCUAUCAUUAAAUAUGAAUGGAAUUGUCGAUACAACUUCUGUUCAAAUUGUUUCGGCCUUCAGUAUUCGAACGAAUGAAAGCAGGAACAAUCGAGUGUUGAUUCUGAAGUGGAAGGUGACUUGGUCGAACUAGACAAGCGGAGUGAACACAAUCCCAUCGCUUAUAAACAUUGACAAUGGUUCUUCUCUAUUUUUUCGUUCUGACCAAAAACGUUGAUCAAUACUUAGACUGUGGAAUGCUUUGUUACUCGUUACCUACAUCCAGCUUUGUCCGUGCAUUGUAUUUAAACAACUAACCGAUCAAAUAAAUAUGGAGGGGUUUU